AACUAUCUACCAUGAGCGAGGCGGAGAAACAGGCGGUGUCCUUCGCCUGCCAACGCUGCUUACAGCCCAUCCUCCUGGACGAGCAGCUGGACAAGAUCAGCGUGCACGCCAUGGCGGAGUUAUCGCUGCCCAUAUACGGGGACAAUGGAAACACUUUGGACCCACAGGACGCCAGCAGUUUCGACCACUUUGUGCCGCCCUACAGGCUCACAGACUCAAUCAAUGGCACGGGAUUUAUGCUGGUAUCCGAUGGCCGAGACAACAAGAAAAUGAGUGUUGCCUUUAAGCUAAAAGCGGAGCUAUUCGACUGCCUAUCCUCCAACUCUGAGAUUGAUCAUCCGCUGUGCGAGGAGUGCGCCGACUCCAUGUUGGAGAUCAUGGACCGGGAGCUGCGAAUUGCCGAGGACGAGUGGGAUGUGUACAAGGCGUAUCUGGACGAGCUGGAGCAGCAACGUGAGGCGCCUAAUGUGGAGGCCUUGGACAAGGAGUUGGACGAACUGAAGCGCAGCGAGCAGCAGCUUUUGACCGAGCUGGCGCAGCUCAAAGAGGAAGAGCAAUCGCUUAACGCGGCCAUUGGCCAGGAGGAAGUGGAGCGGGAGGAGCUUCACGAGCAGGAGGAGAGCUACUGGCGCGAAUAUACCAAACACCGGCGUGAGCUGAUGUUAACCGAGGAUGACAAGCGUAGUCUGGAAAGCCAGAUUGCCUACUCCCGACAGCAGCUGGACAAACUGCGAGAUACCAACAUCUUUAACAUCACUUUUCACAUCUGGCACGCCGGGCAUUUCGGUACCAUCAAUAACUUUAGGCUGGGCAGGCUGCCCUCUGUUUCCGUGGAUUGGUCGGAGAUAAACGCGGCCUGGGGCCAGACCGUGCUCCUGCUCUCAGCCCUGGCCCGCAAGAUCGGGCUUACCUUUGAGCGGUAUCGCGUGGUGCCCUUUGGCAAUCAUUCGUACGUAGAAGUGCUCGGCGAGAACCGGGAGCUGCCGCUCUACGGCAGCGGCGGAUUCAAGUUCUUUUGGGACACUAAGUUUGAUGCUGCAAUGGUAGCUUUCCUUGACUGCCUUACCCAAUUCCAAAAAGAGGUGGAGAAGCGCGAUACAGAGUUCCUGCUGCCCUACAAGAUGGAGAAGGGCAAGAUCAUCGAUCCCUCCACUGGCAAUUCUUAUUCUAUUAAGAUCCAGUUCAACUCUGAGGAGCAGUGGACGAAAGCCCUGAAGUUUAUGCUGACAAAUCUGAAAUGGGGAUUAGCCUGGGUUUCGUCUCAGUUUGUGUCGCCGUGAUGUUUUUGGUCAUAUAAAUGUUUAUUUAUAUAAUUACUUAUUAAUCCUUUAGUGCUUACUAUUAAAUCAAGAUCUUUCGAAAUUGAA